AUGAGUCAAACUACUACCCAAACCCAGACGAGCUACCCAUGUGAGCUUCUUGAGGAGCGCUUCUCGAAGCUGAAGCAGUCAAUCAUAAAGCCGGAAGAUAAAACGACUUUGAUUGAGUCAUACCAUCGCCUGACAAAGGCAUUAGAGAUCGAGGCUGAUAGAAUUGCCAAGCUGGGGCCGAAGUCAAUUCCUGAAAUUGACUUUACUACCAUAGAGAGCAAUGGAGGCGUUCUACCAGACGGUCUGGCAUCCUUAGUUCAACAAACUGGCUGUGUCAUCCUUCGCAACGUUGUCCCGGAAGAACAGGCUUCAAAGUGGGAGGCUGAUCUGAGGAGCUACACAAAGAGGCACCCGAAAAUUGCUGGUUUCCCAAAGCAUGAUCCGCAGAAUUUUAGUCUGUUUUGGACACCGGCGCAGGUUCAGAUCCGUAGCCAUCCGCGCGUGAUGAAAGCCAUGCACGCUGUCAGCAAGCUAUGGCAUCUCAGUGACGAUGGAAUACCGUUCGACAUGUCGAGUCAAGUUCUCUAUGCGGAUCGCUUCCGCAUCAGACAUCCUUCGCUUGAUUCUGAAUACACGUUGAACGCACAUCAGGACAGCGGUGCAAUUGAGAGAUGGGAAGACCCCGACUACAGGGCUUGCUACCAGAAGAUCUUUGAGGGAAAGUGGGAAGAAUACGAUCCUUGGAAUGCUGAUCACCGCUCCGAAGCCAAGACUGAUCUGUAUAAAUCUGGAAGAGAGGGUACUUUGCGUCUCGUGCCCGAGUUGAAGCUCUCCACGGCCUACCAGUUGCUACGCCCAUAUUUCAUUCUUGAUGAGAAAUUUGACGAGGUUACACCCUUGUUCCCGGGUGCCACUCCAGGCAGAUUACAAUUUCUUCCCACUCAGGAGUUGCAUCCCCACCUAGCCCUGGAGAAGAGCAUGGUCGGUAUUCCGCCUGUCAAGCCUGGAGACUACGUGUUCUGGCACUGCGACCUGAUUCAUGAAGUCGACAAGUUCCAUCCCGGGACUCGGGAUUCCUCGGUCAGUUAUAACGGCUGCGUUCCGCUUUGCCCGUACAACGUGCGGAAUCUCGUCAGCCUCCGCCAGAGCUUCCUGGAUGUGCUCCCACCUAAAGAUUUCGAAAAGUAUGAGCACGGUGAACUUGAGAAGGACCACGAUGAUCAUGGCGCGAGACGCGAAAAUAUUCUAUCCAUUGAAGGCCUUAGGGCUCUCGGAUUUGAGCCUUUUGAUGUUGACGAAGAAGGAUUGACUUCGGGUCAACGAGAAAUGCGCAGGAUGGCGAAUUUGGAGCUUGGUUUCACGACAAGUUAG